AGAAAGAAAAAGGAAAAGAAAGGGGAAAAAGAAAAACAGGAAGAGAUGGAGUCGCCACCGUCGUCUCCGACGUCGCUGGUGGUUAAUAGUCCUCGGAGGACACUGAGCCUCCUGAGAGAAAGGAGGCACAAGCAUCCUGCUAUAGAUCCAGACGAGAAUCCCGCUGUAUCAUUCGCUGCGGGGUUCGCCGAGGAGCACGGGCUGAAGCCCUCGGAGGUCUACGGCUUCGUCGGAUCCAUCACCACUGUCCUUGCCGCUGUAAUCUUCGUAGUUUGGGCGUACACUCCUGAACCGUGGUUGCAUUAUUUGGGAAUCACAUACUAUCCGAGUAAGUAUUGGGCAAUUGCAAUUCCAUCGUUUAUAAUGGUAACAGUGGUUUUGGCAAUGGUAUUUUACUUGGGAUUGAACUUCAUGGUGACACCUUCUCCAACUUCAUUUAAUGUAUUGUUUGAUGAACAUAGCCGAGAGCGCCCUUCAGUAUCAUUUUUAGGAGAGGAACAACCUAUAGAGCCCAUCUAUGAUAUUCCAGUUGACCAGAUUAACAAUCUUAUAUUUGGAUGACAACAGAACAAGUCAUUGAGCCAAGAAGGAACUAUGGAAGUUUAUCAAUAUAUAUUUUAUAACAGAACUGUCUUUUACCCUGAGGAUGUGAUAUAUGAUCUGAGGUAUGCUUAGAUUCCUGAUCAUUCAUAGAAAGCCGUUAUAUGUAAUAUAUAUAUGUCAUUCUUUGAUCGAGUUAGGCCUACUGAGAGAUGAAUUUUGGUGGCCAUAGACAAGUAUGCACAGCCUUUGCAGCCUAAAAAUUGAUUCUUUCUUCUCCUCACUCUACUCCUGAGCUUGAAAUACAUUUUCCCUCAGGGAGUUUUAGUUUUCUUUUAGCAAGGAUUGAAGAUGGCAAAUGCUCACAUGUUUCUAUGGCAUAUAGGAAUGAUCUAUGCGAUUAAUGGAGCAGUAUUGUAAGCUUGUGAUUUUCUCUCGUUAAUGUUUAUCAAUGAGAUUUUCACAAAAUAAUUUUAGUACCUUUUGUACAAAGAUCGCCAACCUCUUUAAAAUGUUGCAAAUUAACACAAAAUAGGCCAAAUUUCCAACUCAUGUGAGUUGCCCUUUUCUUCUCCCAGAAGAAGCUUGUGAGCUUUGAUGGGUCUUAGCUUCCAUGUUCUUUAUAAUUUUAGUCAAUUUUAUAAACAUCAAUGUGGAACAAGGCUUCUCACGGUUCUGGCUGGCGUAACAUAAAUACCAAAGAAAUUAAUUCAUUCAUUUGCGUGUAACCUUAGCUACCAAUCUGUCCUUAUUUUUCUUUAAAUACUACCUUCUUUCUGUUUUUCUGGAAUACCUACUUGCGACAAAUUAGUUUGCUUCUUAUUGCUAAAUGAAUUAAGAGCCACAUUAGUAGCUUCUUUGAAAGAGGCACAUCUGGUUAUAACAUAACUAACCGCUUUGAAAGUGGUAGAACCAAAACUAUUGUAGCAAUUGAAAUUUGUGAAGUAACCUUUCUUACAAGUUGAUUCACCCAACAACAUAAAGAAGUUUAUUUCAAAUAUGUAAGUAUUUUAAUGUGAAGUAACCUUUCUUUAACUUGAAUGCUCUUUUGAACAUUGUUAUAAAUAUUGGAUUUUCUUAAGCUCAUGGACUUUGUACUUUGUAAAGGCAUUAGCUUUAUCACAUCAAAGCUGAAAUUUCUUGAUUUAAUAUUUUUUUAAAAUUUUUUAUUUAAAAAAAAACAUUUUGAUAGAACCUUCUCUCAUCUCUAUUUUAUACAAAAGGGCAUUGUCAUAUAAGAAAAAAAAAUGACAAUAUAUACAAAUAACCAAUAUUAAAUCAAAAUUAUCAACCCAAUAUCAAGUAGUUUAUGUAUUACACAACAUAAUGUAUCCAACAAUAAAAUAAAGUCUAGUGUGACAUAUAAUAAAUCACAUAUAUAAUACAAUAACAACUAAGCCUUAUUCCAUAGGCCGGGUUGGCAAAAACCACAUAUAUAAUAUCUGAAAAUAAAAAAUUAACACAAAUUUUAUUGCAAUACAAAGACUUCAUAAGAGGCUACAUACACACCUUUGAGCAACAACUAAGAUAUCAUGCCCAGUCUUGACCCUCAGCUUGCAAAUCUA